GAAGGUGCUUUAAAAAGCAGCCAGACCCAUCAGGAGGAAGCAAAGGUAAUCAUAUGGUGUCUGGUGGCGCCAGCCAAGAGGCUCUGCACUGCACAGCAAACCGAAACUUUGGUACAAAACUCCACGGUGAACUGGAGAACCAAGACACAUCUAGCAGUUCCAGAUUUUGGCAAUGAAAAGUCGCAGCAGCUUCACUGGCUCCGAGUUCUCAGAGGAGGAGUUGGAGCUCAGUCUGGAGGCUCAGGUAGAUGAUGACGCCGUUGACAGUGGCCGGAAACAUUCCUACACUGACAGCGCAAGUCCCAGCAGCACCCUCAGUGAGGCAGAGGAGAGUCGACCGAAGAAACGCAGCAGGCCAGUGCGCUCCAAGGCCCGUAGGAUGGCGGCCAAUGUGAGGGAGAGGAAGCGAAUUCUGGAUUACAACCAGGCCUUCAAUGCACUGCGUGUGGCACUCCAUCAUGACCUGAGUGGCAAACGCCUUUCCAAGAUAGCCACGUUGCAGCGUGCCAUCAACCGCAUCUCAGCGUUAUCCGUGUUUCUUAGCAAUAACCCACCCAACGGAGCCAGCAAAGCCUGCAACCACCGGGAAUGCCAUGGACAACCUGGACAAGUGUCCCCGACCCAUCUAGAGCCCCAGGGGUACAUGUCCUGGGAACAACCACUGGCGCACCAGAUGCAGAUGCACAGACUGCCUUCAGAGCAGCAAGUUUACAUGGACCAUUUGAGACACGUGGGUUCUACCUGUCCGCUAUCACCACACUAUUCUUGCUACUCUCCCGAUGUCCAGCUUUAUGCGACAGGUGGAUCCUGUGGCAGUCCUGCCAGUGACAACACCAGUCCCCCUCGGUAUGGGCGAAUGGGUGACGGGUUGGGCUUCCAGGCUGGGGUUUGGGGAUCCUGUUCUCAGAGCUAUGUGGACGGGCAUAGUGAGGCAACUCAGACUCUACCUUUCUCUUGGCACAUGGGCUAUCUCCAGGAGACAGGUCCUCAACACUGCUAUCCAAUGUUAUGACACAUUUUCUGAGGGAACUGUGAUAAAAUGAGAUGAGGACACUGUGUAGGUGAAAUCUCUAAGUCAUAACCUGAUCUGAAGCUACGACACCGGACAAUCACUUGUACAAUGAAUAAAUUUUUCAAAUGUUAUUAGAAUUGAGUUUAAAGCUAGUGCUUUAUGAAUGAAUAGGUGAAUUAUGACCCAGUAUGUCACAUUGCUGGCCUUACAAUCUAAAACCUCAAAAACACACAUGGAUGUAGAGGUAAAUAAAAGUGUUAUGAAAUGUACCCAUGCUGGAAAGGCUCAGGAAUCACUGACUGUAUGAAAAGGAAGAUACUCACUGUUAUUGUAAAUAUAUUGAUCUCUG